AUCACGGAAACGUUUGUUUGAAAAGAACAAUGUAAAAAUGCAGAUAACAUUAUUGUUGAUUUUUGUGAUUAACAUUUAUCCAUCGUUUACUUUUACCGGAUUUCGCAAAGAGCCCGAUAAUGAAAUUCAACCGGAGGGAGGAGUAGUUUAUUUCAAUUGUAUGGUGAUUGAACUCGACGUUCUGGAAUACGUUUCGUGGAUUCAUGAUGGUAAUAUUAUCAGUAAAGGUGGAAUAAUCACUGACAAACAUAUAGAUAAGCGGUACAUAGUAGACGCUAAUUCUUUGCAUGGUAUUUUUAAUUUACAUAUUCUAAAUGUCCAACGAGAAGAUAGUGGACAAUUUAUAUGUAAUGUAUUCAAAGGCGAAAAUGAUGUUGUUUCUGCGUCACAGCCAGCAAACUUAACAGUACUUCAGAUUCCUGGUGAACAUUAUCCAAUUUGCUCUCCUAUCUUAUCAAGUUAUAUUAUUGGCAAGAAAAUUGUUGUUACGUGUAGAUCUGAAAUAACAGUCCCUCGUGCAAUUUUGACAUGGAAACGUAAUAACGUCGAGGCUACGUCACAUGUUGAAACGUCUAUAGGUACAGAUUACAUAGUUUCAUAUUCACUAGUUGCCAGUAUUAGCGAUCACAGAUCUUUAUUUACAUGCGAACUGACAACCCCAGCAAAUUCAGCUAUAAGGCGUAAUUGUAGUAGCGGACCAAUUAAUGUUCUUUAUGCUCCACAAGUUCGUAUUGAGCAAACAGACGUUCUGGUGCUCGGGAAGGAAGCCAUCUUUAUUUGCUACAGUGAAUCAAAUCCACCGGAUGUAACAUUCGAAUGGAUAUUUAAUCCAUCACUUGAGAAUAGUAUGUAUACAUUAGAAAAUGAACGUAUUUUGAGAAUUCCCAACACUCAAAAAAAUAUAAAUGGUACAAUUACUGAAUGCAAAGUAACAAAUGCUAUUGGAAGUCGGUCACAGACUUUUAAAAUUAUUAUUUUUAGUUCUGUACCAAAAAAUGCUAAAAACCCAUUGGGAAAGGAAGAAAUAAAAACAGGAAAAGACAGUAAUUUACAGACAAAAAAGAAAAAUAGUAAACAUAAAAAUCCAGAGACCAUCGACUCUGUAAACAAGAACAAAACGAAUGAAGAUUUCUCAUUACCACUUAUUAUUGCCAUUGCAGUGGCAUGCAUCAUAGUAAUUUUGGGCCUAGCUCUAAUACCCGUCGGCUACAUGAGAUAUACACGACGACAACCAAGUGACACCGUCAGUAGAGGAAGACCUGUUUCUAUACCUGAUGUAUACUUUGAGCCUAAGGACCACGUGGAUCCUAUUCUGCCACAGUUAGGCUUAGCAGUUCCAUGGAUGAGGACAGUAGGAGUUCAAGUUCCUGGUGAAUGUGAAUAUGAUGUGACGUAUACACAAGUAUCACCACAGUCACGCCAGGCCUACUACUCACAAAGGAUGUACACGGCGGCAUCGCUUUGAGUUCUACUAUUCCAACUUAGAAAGACCCAGUAACUUAAU